GACAUAAUUCACAGUAUUCAUAGCACAUUCUUUCAAUUUCUCUCUUAGUUUUGGAUAAUUUCCCUCAUUGCCAGCAUGGCACUUCCAAUUAGCAAAGUUGAUUUCUUAAUAUUUAUGUGUCUUAUAGGAUUAGGGUCAGCUCAAUUGUCAUCUAAUUUUUAUGCCACAAAAUGUCCCAAUGCACUUUCAACAAUUAAGUCAGCAGUGAACUCUGCUGUCGCCAAAGAAGCUCGCAUGGGAGCUUCCCUUCUUCGCCUUCAUUUUCAUGAUUGCUUUGUUCAAGGAUGUGAUGCAUCAGUGCUAUUAGAUGAUACAUCAAAUUUCACAGGAGAAAAGACAGCAGGUCCAAAUGCAAAUUCAAUAAGAGGUUUUGAAGUGAUUGAUACCAUAAAGUCCCAAGUAGAGAGCUUGUGCCCUGGUGUUGUUUCUUGUGCUGAUAUUCUUGCUGUUGCUGCUAGAGACUCUGUUGUUGCUCUAGGAGGAGCAAGUUGGAAUGUGUUAUUGGGAAGAAGAGACUCAACCACUGCAAGUUUAAGCUCUGCUAACUCAGAUUUGCCGGCUCCAUUUUUUAAUCUUAGUGGCCUUAUCUCUGCUUUCUCCAACAAAGGUUUCACAACAAAAGAACUCGUUACUCUAUCAGGAGCGCAUACAAUUGGGCAAGCACAAUGCACAGCCUUCAGAACAAGGAUUUACAAUGAGAGCAACAUAGAUCCAACAUAUGCAAAAUCAUUGCAAGCAAAUUGUCCUAGCGUAGGAGGAGAUACCAAUUUGUCACCAUUUGAUGUAACAACACCAAACAAAUUUGACAAUGCUUACUAUAUCAACUUGAGAAACAAGAAGGGUCUCUUGCAUUCUGAUCAACAACUCUUCAAUGGUGUAUCCACUGAUUCCCAAGUCACUGCUUAUAGCAACAAUGCUGCAACUUUCAACACUGACUUUGGCAAUGCAAUGAUUAAGAUGGGAAACCUUAGUCCACUCACUGGGACUAGUGGCCAAAUUAGAACCAAUUGCAGGAAGACCAACUAAGAAAAAAAAAAAAAAGAUUUGUGGAUUUUAUUUUUCAUGUUGGGU